AUGUUUGUUUCUGCUUUCCCCAAUUUGCAAUUACUUGAUUUGAAACCUUGCAAAAACAUAUCGCUACAAGCUAUUGUUCAAGUUUUAAAGAGAUGCUGCAAGAUAAGCCAUUUGGAUUUAUCAUUCUGUAACUUAACUUCAGGACUGAAUCUACUUGAAAUGAACUUUCAAGUUCCCCACCUCAAGAUGCUAAACUUGACGUCUUCACAAGUUGACGAUGCAACACUCCAUGUGAUCUCAAAAAAUUGUUCAGGGCUUUUGCAAUUGUUAUUAAUUAAUUGUUCUCGAUGCACACACAAGGGAGUCAAACAUGUGGUAGAGAACUGCACGCCACUCAGAGAGAUCAAUUUGAAUAACUGUUUGAAUGUGCACACCAAUGUUGCUGCCUCAAUGCUAUUUUCAAGUCCAUCAUUGAGAAAGAUAACUGCUCUACCUCAUAUUCAUUUCACUGAAACUGAGAGGAAACUCCUCCGCUUGCGUCAAGGAUGCAUUGUUUUCUGA